AACACUAGUUUCCCUUCAUCUAAGCAUGGCGGCGAAAAGAGAGAGAAGUCUCUGAUUUUAGGCUUUAUGGUAUGAACAACUAGUUACCUCACAUUUCUUCCCAAUUUCUUAUUCAAUUCUCAUUCCCUCUUCUCCUUUUGAUUCUGUUUGGGACGUGAAGAAGAUGGGGAUGUAAUUGGAGAAUUGGGGGCGAAUAAAGGGAGGAAAUCAUACACAAUGCCGUUAAUCCCUUUGGGCUCAAGCUCGGAAGGGGUGGAGGAUGGGGAGAAAAAGAGGAGAACUAUGGUUUAUCUCAAUGUGUAUGAUCUCACGCCUGCCAACAAUUAUCUUUACCUAUUUGGGGUUGGAAUAUUUCAUUCUGGCAUAGAAGUGCAUGGUAUGGAGUAUGGCUUUGGAGCACAUGAGUACUCAACAAGUGGUGUAUUUGAGGUGGAACCUAGAAGCUGUCCUGGCUUCAUGUUCAGACGUUCAUUGUCAUUAGGCAGCACUGAUAUGUCUCGUUCAGAAUUUCGUUCUUUCAUGGAGCGCCUUUCUGCAAAAUAUCAUGGAGACACAUACCAUUUGAUUGCUAAGAAUUGCAACCAUUUUUCAGAUGAAGUUUGCCAACAGCUAACCGGAAAGCCGAUUCCUGCAUGGGUAAAUCGGCUGGCUCGUGUUGGUUCUUUCUGCAAUUGCCUUCUACCAGAAAGCCUUCAGGUUGCAGCUGUUAGACAUCUCCCUGAACAUCUUGCGCAAUCUGAUGAUGAAGGAUCAGAAUUUGAUGGCCUUUGUACGUCAGAUGAGAGUGAAGAUGAGGAUUCCAAUCAUCACCUGCUAGCUACACCAAGUGGUGGUGGUGAUGUUGCCAUUAUAAAGGAAAAACCAAUGACUCUAGCACGGGACCUCCUAUGAUUUUCGUUGAUUACUCCACCUAUCAUUAUCAUUCUUAUUCUUUCUUCCUUCUAUUGUAUCUGUGAUAUUAGCUUUCACCAUGUAUCGAGUUUUCUCAACUGGAACAUUGGAAACUCAACAUGUUUUGUAUCACAAAAACGAGUUUGUUGUAUAUGUCCUUUAUGUUUCAAAAUGGAUUGUCCUCUAGAUGUUAUAUUUACUAUGGUACAAACAAAAAAUGUUCAGGCAUACAGUUAAUCUGAUUGUGUGGAGUGAUAUACUUUCGUCAAUCUUACCACUUCUAGUU